ACUUUGAUUUUUAUCGGCAUCAUCACCACGAAGACGUAUCAAAUUUGUUACGUUACAGCCCGAAUGACAUACUUGGGCGUGACAGCGUGCGAAUGAACCGACUAAUGUUGUUAUAAUUUAUCCAGCUUUCUAAGCAUUUGUACUCGCUGAUAUUCCAACCCAAACUGCAUACUUUACUCUUAGAUUUUCAUCUGAGCAGUUUCCCUUAUGCUAGCUUUGCCGGGCACAUUCCCUGCCCGCUAUAGCUGACUUGUUGGUUAGCAGGCUAGCUAGCAGAUGCUAGUCUCACACAAGUGUGGCUGGUUCCGGUAAGAUUAUGUUGAGUUCAUAAUAUGGGGAGCUGAAGCAUGGAGGCAGUUCUGAGCAGGCUGAGGGGGCUAAGUGCCGAUGAACUGCGUGAGGAAUUUGCCCGAGCAGACCUCAAGUGUGGCCCCAUCACAGCUACCACCCGAGCCACCUUUGAAAGGAAGUUAGCCCGAGUCCUGGCAGGGUCAGAGAGCAGUGCCACUGAAUCGGACAGCAGCUCUUCAGCAAGCAUUUCGGGCAGUGCAGCCUCUGUUGCCGAUCACGCCAACUCUGUGCUGUGUGCCACCUCAGCAGUUGCACCCACCGCUGCUGCCACAAGCAGCAGCCCCUCUGAGGCAGCCAGUGAAGAGUUGGACUUUGGCUAUGGUAUGGGUCUCAAUCCUCCAGAGGAAGAGGAGAUCUUAGUAAAGGCAACCUCAAACUGCUCUGCUGAAGGCAGUAACUUUCAGUCCAAAACAGAAACCCCUUCAAAGCCUGCACAAGUGUCCCCAACCUUUUAUUAUGGAGUAUGUCCGCUGUGGGAGGAUGUUUUGGCAAGAAACGAGAGAGCACACGUAUACACAGAUAAGAAAGAUGCCCUCCAAGCUGUAAAAAUGAUGAAGGGAGCCCGCUUCAAAGCCUUUCCCAACCGUGAGGAUGCAGAGAAGUUUGCCAAGGGGAUCUGUGACUAUUUCCCCUCUCCCAACAAAUCUACACCCUGUGUAUCUCCUGUCAAACCAGGCCUGGUUAUCAGUAAAGACAACAUGGAGGUGGAUACCAUCAACCGGGAGCGGGCCAACAGUUUCAAGAGCCCGCGUACCCAGGACUUGACCGCCAAACUGCGGAAAGCUGUGGAGAAGGGCGAUGAGGUGGCUUUCAGUGAGCUGGUCUGGAGCAACCCACGCUAUCUCAUUGGCUCAGGUGAUAAUCCCACCAUUGUGCAGGAGGGCUGUCGAUACAAUGUCAUGCAUGUGGCGGCUAAGGAGAACCAGGCGGGCAUCGCCCAGCUGCUGCUGGACACCUUGGAGAACCCAGAGUUCAUGCGCCUCAUGUACCCAGACGACCAGGAAGUCAUGCUGCAGAAACGGAUCCGCUACAUUGUAGAUCUUUACCUCAACACUCCAGAUAAGGCUGGGUUUGAAACGCCACUCCACUUUGCCUGUAAGUUUGGGUGCCCAGAUGUGGUUGAUGUUCUGUGCUCACACCCUGACAUCGAAAAGAACUGUAAGAACAAGGAUGGCCAGAGGCCUUGUGAUCUAAUCUGUAGCAGAAAAAAUAAAACCCAAGAAGUGAAACAAAAGAUUAUUGACUAUUUGGAGGACCGCUGCUUUAUCCCUUUGUUGAGGGCAACCGACAACACCUCUCAGCCCAUCAUUGGUGCCCCAUGGUCACCUGAGUCCUCAGAAAGUCUCUCGCUGAUUCAGCGGCACACAAGAAGCCCCAUGGAUCCACUGAUGACUGUCACAGCCUUUGCAGGCCCCCUGAGCCCUUCUAAAGCAAAAGACUUUCGACGGUUCUGGAAGACGCCACCCAGAGACCGAGCCAACGUUUUUCAUGACAUCCUCAAGUCUGAUCCUGACCGUGGGGCAGAGAGAGUGGGCAGAGAUCUGGCUCAUGAGAUGGGCCACCCAUGGGCUGAAUAUUGGGAUUUCCUGGACAGUUUUGUUGAUCUGUCAUCAACUGAAGGGCUCAGAAAGCUGGAGGAAUACCUGAGCAAGAGGGACUUCAGCCCGCGGGCUCAUGAGGAGGCUGGGGAGAACGAGACCAGCAACAGGUUCAAAAGCCCCUCUCCAGGCAAGCCCAAAAAGUUCUGCAACUCCAUCUCUGUUGGUGCCUUCCUAGAUGAGGGUGAUGACAUCAGCCUUGAGGAAAUGAAGAACCGGCAGAACGCAGCACUCACCAGCAUUACCUCCUCUGCUGCAUCCAAGGACGGCCUGAAAGGAGCAGUGGGCGGCCGUGAGUUCCACAUCCUGCCCAUUGCACUGCACCACCGCGGGGCCGACCUGAUUGAGACGGCGGCUGAGCAGGAUCUGCUGUGCUGCUGCGAUGACGGCCUUCUGUCGCCCGGUGUCGUCUGCAAAAAUGGGGUGUGCUCCUCCUCCAGAGACAGGACUCACAAUGGAGACAAGGUGUCCCCCCGCACUUCCCCGUCCUCCUCCUGCCUGUCACCCAUCUCCAACCUCAUGGUGGAGUUUGAGCGUAUGUCACUGCAAGAGCCACUGGACAGCCCCACCAGCUGCAGGGAGAGGAGGAGCAGUGGCGGGAGCCGGCACAGGGACGUCCGGGACUCCUACAGCUCCUCCUCAGCCACAGACCUGAGUUCCGGGCUGAACCGCCUGUCUCUCGGUCACAGCAGUCAGGACGGCGAGGCCUUGGAAGGUCCGAGCUGGAGAACAGAGGGAGGGGGGGCAGAGGAGAGGCGCAGCAGUGGCAGCUCAGAGGAGUACUUUGAAGCAGAGGAGAGCCUGGAGGUGUUGGGCAGGACUAGGGGGUCAGUAACAGGGGGGCGCAACUUUUGUGCUAGGUCCAAGUCAUGGGACCAUGGGGGGAGGGACCUGAGCAGCUCAGGAUCCUCUGGGUCUUCCUAUAAGUCCUUAGAUAACUCCCAUGAGUUCCUACCCAGGACUCCACCACACAUUAGAAGAGGACUUUUCAUCGAUGGGGAUUCACCAACCAAGUUGGACAGAGAGGUCUUGUCUGCAAUAGAAGGCAUAGACGUCGAUCCCCAGAAGUAUCCCAGCAUUCAUAAAUGGAAGAGCACAAUGACGUCGUACUCUGCAUCAGACAUGCAGAGCUGGCCCAGCCCUGUGGUGGUAAAACCACGACUCAGGAUGCAGCAUCAGACUCCUGGCUCCCCCGUCAGCGGCCUGAUGUCUCCCACUGGUCGCUUCAGUCCUGCCCGGCACGCUGCCUCGCCAGACUUCAGCCCCAGCCGUUACAGCCCUGCCAAUGCUAGCUACAUCCAGCGCAUCCGCCUCAAGCACUUGAAUGAGCCGCCAAUCUAACUGCCCACUCCUCCCUCUGUCUCCUACCACUGCGGCCAUACCCGUCUCCAAACCCCAAACCCCACCCCUCCCUCCCCACUACAAACCCAGCUGCACCAAGGUGACUACACCAGAGCUCAGAAACCACAUACCUAACAGAAAUAUGCACAAGUGUCUGGAAGAUUUGUAUUAAUGAUGUAUGGUACUACUCCUAUGUAAUACAGGAAUUCUCAUCACGUUGGGUUGUGAUGUACACUCAAGACUUUAAAAAGGAAAAAAAAAGAAACCUUGAUAAUUUAUGUACUGUAUGGGUGUGGACCAUGUUGAAUUGACGGUAAUGUUAUUUGUGGCAAGUGUGAAGCACCUGUAGUCAACUUUUUUGAAUAUCGUGAAUUCAAGCCGCACUCCCCAAAGUUAGUUGGUCACUAAAACCUUAGUGUGGAAUCCUCAAAAGGAUUCUGUCACUGAGGAUGUUCUUAAAAAAAAGUAAAAUGUCAAUAUUUUAAAAAUUAUUUUUUGUAUGUUGGUCAGUAGCACAAAAUUUAAAUGUUUUUAUUAAUGGUGUUAAAACCAACUGCCAUUUCCUAUGUUUCUCCUCAGUUCAGGAAUUGCCUUAAUUUUCUGAAGUGAUGGACCAGUUCUCUGUCAGUUUGCGUCCGUCACAGAUGAUUAUGGUAAACAUGGGAAAAACUGAUAAGACUGAGAUCUUCCAUGUUUUAUUUUGUUCUUCAAUAAAUGCAUACAUUUUCGAUCUUU